UAUUUUAUUUCAAUGUUACUUCUGAUUGAACUUAACCUUAUUAACGACUUCGAUAUGUAACAUUCUUGCAUUACAAUAUAAGUAAGGUAUUCAUAUCAAAAUAAAUACCAACUGUAAUAUUUUAAGCUGAGAAACAAGUGGUGAAUGUGAUAUGAACUGGUGUACGAAACCUCUUUAAACUUCGUUCUUUGACUCUGAUUAGACCCAUGGCUCAAAGCGAGACAGGCGGCCUUUCUACGGAUACAAAACAUGACUCCCGUGGAGUGGAUGAGCACGACAUGGUGGAUGGAGAGUCUACUAUGGACAGGAUUGACUUUGCUCUGGAAAAAGUGAACGAGCGCACUCUCUGGAUCUGCGUCCUGUUCCUGCUGUGUAGCAGUCCUGGCACCUUGAAUGCUUGGCAUAUCUUAGUGUCCAAUUUCUACGCUUUCGUUCCUCCCCACUGGUGCCAAGUGCCGGAGUUGCAGGAGGCCGGCUGGACCGCUGACCAGAUCAGAACCGUCAGUAGUCCACGAGGUACAGAAGGCUCGAGCUGCUUCAUGAUCGGCUGGAACUAUACGCAGCUAGCUGGUCUAGGAUACGAGGAGGCACUGAAGUUUGUCGAUUCCAAUCCAACACCUGCAGAGGUGACUUGCACUAGCUUCUCCUACCAGGAGAAAGUACCUCACUCCUCCACAGUCAGCGAGUGGGAUUUGGUUUGCGGGAAUGAAAUACAGAAAAGCAAUGUUCAAGGAUCGAUUGCAAUCGGCAAAUUCUUUGGCGGAUUCCUCUUUGGAUUGAUUGCUGACAGGUACGGCCGGAAGAUUAGUUUUGUGCUGUCCUGUGUGAUGUACAUGCUGUUUGGGCCUCUCACAGCCAUCUCGCCCAACUUCACAUUCUUCAUCUUGAUGAGAUUUCUCACUGGACUUGCUGGAUGUGGGGUGUACGAGACAGGGUUUACGAUUAUGGCAGAGAUCGUGAGUAAAGAACGUAGAGCCAACCUCGGGUGCAUUUACAACCUGUCGUAUCCUAUCGGUUACCUGGCGCUGCCGAUCAUCUCCUUGGCCUUCCCCGAAUGGCGUCACCUCCAACUGGCCAUAUCUCUGCCAGCUAUACUUCUCUUAGUGCACUGCUGGGUCAUACCAGAGUCUCCAAAGUGGUUGAUUACUCAAAACCGUCAUGAGGAAGCGUGGAAAAUAAUUAAAGGAAUCAGACCCUCCAUUCCGGACCUUGUUCAUAGUGCUGAGCAGGAAAGUGCACCAGAAAGAACCCAUCAGUCAAUGUUCAGUCGGAUAAUUGAAGGAUCUCAGAAGCUCCUGAUGCUCUUCUCGUCAGCAGAGCAAUGCAAAAGAAUUGCAGUUGCUUACUUCUGCUGGUUUAUUGUUGCUCUUAUCUAUUAUGUCUUGGCUUUGAAUGCGCCCAAUUUUAAUAUUAACCAACACUUAUUUACGUUUGUGUCUGGAUUAAUUGAAAUUCCUGGUUAUUGUUUACCACUACUCUUGUUCAUAUGGCUCGGAAGGAAGUGUACCUCCACUGUUUUGUAUUUUGCAUGUGGACUUGCUCUUGUUGUCAUUAUUGCAAUACCACUUAGCAACAAAACAAUGAUUCUAGCAGCAGCAAUGGCAGGGAGGUUUGCAGAUGUUGCUGUGUUUGGAGUAAUUACAGUGUAUACUGCUGAACUGUUUCCAACUACUGUCAGAAACACUGCUGUGGGAAGUUCACUGGCCAUUUCACAACUUGGGUCCAUCAGUGCACCUUACAUUGUGGAUAACUUGAACAAGUUUGGUUGGUACGUGCCCAGUACCUUAUGUGGCAUCGGCGGACUCAUGUCAGCUGGUCUUGUCCUGCUGCUGCCUGAGACCCGAGGGAGACCUCUUCUGGAUACAGUUGAGCAACUCAGACAUCAGAAAGAAGAUCGUGUUUCAAUACGUCAAUGCUGUACAUUUACAUGAUCUCACCAAUGUAUAUGAUAUGGAUGUACUUUGUAGAGACUUAUAUAUAUUAAAAUGUUCUUAUAUUUUA